AGGUGACUCCACUGGGCGGGCCCCCGGGCCGGGGAGGGCGGGGCGCUCAGGGAACCUUAAAGGGAGCUCCGCAAGUCCCCGCCCAGGCCCUGCCGCCGUCCGAAGCUCCCCACCAUGGCUGAGACCGCCAAGCUCCAGCUGUUUGUCAAGGCGAGCGAGGACGGUGAGAGCGUGGGCCACUGCCCUUCUUGUCAGAGGCUCUUCAUGGUCCUGCUUCUCAAGGGUGUGUCCUUCACACUCACCACCGUGGACACCCGCAGGUCCCCAGAUGUGCUGAAGGACUUUGCCCCGGGUUCGCAGCUGCCCAUCCUGCUCUAUGAUGGCGACGCCAAAACGGACACGCUGCAGAUAGAGGAGUUUCUGGAAGAGACGCUAAGCCCCCCAGAAUUCCCCAGCCUAGCGCCCAGAUACAGGGAGUCCACCGCGGCGGGCAAUGACGUCUUUCACAAAUUCUCCGCCUUCAUCAAGAACCCGGUGCCCGCGCUGGACGAUGCCCUGUACCAGCAUCUGCUGCGCGCCCUCGCCAAGCUGGACAGCUACCUGCGCGCGCCCCUGGAGCACGAGCUGGCGCGGGAGCCGCAGCUGCGCGAGUCACGCCGCCGCUUUGUGGACGGCGACCAGCUCACGCUGGCCGACUGCGGGCUGCUGCCCAAGCUGCACAUCGUGAACACGGUGUGCGCGCACUUCCGCCAGGCGCCCAUCCCCGCUGAGCUGUGCGGCGUCCGCCGCUACCUGGACAACGCCCUGCAGGAGAAGGAGUUCAACUACACGUGUCCACACAGCGCCGAGAUCCUGGCGGCCUACCGGCCCGCCGUGCGCCCCCGCUAGCGCGCCCGCCUCCCCCGCCCGUCUGCAGCCCCAGAAAGGCAUCUCUGCCUCAGUGAGCGGGUACGGACAUACGAGGACCAGAGGCCCCGCAAUUCUGCCACCCCCAAACUCCCACCGUGAGACGCUCAGCUCCAGAUGACAGCCAGGAAGGACCGGCAGAGAGCCCAGUGGGCGGGGCGCGGUCCAUUCCCCCACUCCUCAGGGAUGGCGGGACUGGAUUGGGCUCCCAAACCAGUCAGGCCAGGGCGGGGCGGCAGGAUGGCUGGGGAGGGUGGGGAGCAGAGCCCCGUCUGGGCAACUCCGGUCUCCAGGCCGGAGGGCGGGCCCACAUUCCUCAGCUCUACCCCAGGUGGCAGGCAGGCCACCCCCAUCUCCCUGGUCAUCACGUGGGGUUUGCAUCAGGGAGGCGUGUGCCCGCAGGGACAGGAGCAGAGUUCUAGCCUCUCAGAGCCCCAGCCCCACCUCACACAGCCUUCUUGGCUCCUGGGCUGGCCAGGCAGGGACAGCUGGGCGGGUCGGGAGAGUCGGCAGCUCCACCAUGGAGCGCAGAGCCUGAUGCGGCCCCACGCCCAGACCGCAGGCCUGGCAAUCCCCGAGCCCUCUCCUGGAGCCAGCCCCCAGGAACCAGAGCCUGGCCGGGACCUCUGUGACCUCCGCCAGAUGAAGAUGUUUAUUUGAUGGGGAAGGGGCUGGAGGAGCAGGCUUGUUCCUGCCUGGCAGCGGGAUGGGCAGGUGCCAGCGGGAGGGUCCCAGGGGCUGCCCCUCCCCUUGCAAGCAGCCUCCCGACGGUCACACUUUUUGCUGCACCUUCAGGGGUCGUCGAAGUCUACACCACCAGCUGGUUUCUUACUGGGAGAGAAGAGGGAAUGACACCAUGGGGGUGUGGAAGGGCGGGCAGGGUCCAGGGAUGGACCCUGGGCACAAGAGGGCGGGGGAGUGGGUGGGCACCUCUUGAAGCCAGGGUUGAUGAGAGACUCUCCCGGACACCGCCUCUUGACCCCAGGUCCAGGGCCACCUCUCUGAGCAUCCGGGUCUGGGGAAAACAGGAUGAGGGAGGGGGGCUCCUGAAUCUAGCAGGAUCCCAGGGCCACAACCCCUUCUCCACACAGACAGAUCCUCUCUCUGGAGCUUGAGGCUUGUUCUGGGGAAACUGAGUCACCCUACCCAAGUCACAGGUGACAGGCCUUACCCGGUAAGAAGAGCAGAGGGCCCACCUGCCGGGAGCUCUUCCUGGGGCUGGUGGCUGUCUCCUCUGCAGCAGCUGGGGAGAAAGCAGGAAUGUAGGCCCCAGCGGGGGGACCCCAGUGAGGGUGUGAGAUGCCUACCCCCCACCCUACCUGCCAGCUGCUGCUCCAAGCUGCACACGCGCUCUGCCAGGCCCAGUGUCAGUGCCUGCAACCUGGAGGCUGCCUCUGGGCCCGGCACCUUGGAGAGGUCAAAUUCCAGCGCCGAGGGCCCCCCUGAAAGGGUCAGGGAAGCUCUGUCCUCCUGCAGGGUGAGAGUCACAGCUUGCUGCUGGCAGGCUGCCCUGGGAAAGGAGGCGGGCUGAGUGCUGUGACCAGACCCACCUGCCGCUCCCCAUCCCUCCUGCCUCCCUGCUCAGGGGCUCACCUGAAGCGGGGGGUGAUGUCUUCAGCCGCACUCAGGCCAAAACGGGCUUUCUACAGGGCACAGGGACUGGUCACCAGGUGCCUGACACCCUAGGACUACUGGGGACACCCCAAACCUGCCCGACCCAGAGCCGCCCGGGACCAAUCUUAGGACUACAGCUACAGAGCCGUGGGAAGGGUGUCCUGACCCUUCCGGGGAAUCCCAGGCCGCCCCCUUCGAUCCCACACGUGGUCCGCGCUGCAGGCGUGGGGUGCUGGAGGCUGCCGGCCGCCCAGGAGCCCUGUUACCCACGAGGGCCGCCAGGCUGUCCGGCGUGAAGCAGGUGCUCCAAAGCUCCGCGGCGUCCGUCACACUGCGGGGGAGGGGCUGUCAGGCGGGACCGCCCGCAGAGCUGCCCGCGCCCCUCGCAGCCCUGCGGACCCCGCUACUCACUAGAGGUUGAAGCCGCCGCGUUCCCCCGUCCCACUGCCCUCCCCCUCGCAGUAACACACGAAGCGCGGGGGUCCGGGGCCGGGCGGCAGCGUGCAGAGCGGCGGCGACAGCGGCGGCGGCACCAUGGCACCUCGGUAGGCGGAGGGACCCGGCGGAUCCAGGGCCACCUCGGGACCGAGGGCCCCCUCGAAACCUAGGGCCGCCUCGGGACCUAGGGCGCCUGCGCGGGCGGAAGGCUUCCGGAGCGGGGACGGGGCCCGUGCCA